GGCGCGUCCCCGUGGGCGGGAGCGCGCGGCUCGUCGCCGCCGGGCUGCCAGGCACGGCUCGGCUCCGCUCGGCUCCGCUCGGCGCGGCGCGGCUCGGCUCGGCACGGCUCGGCGCAGCCCGGCACCGCCCGCCGAGCCCCCCGCCCGCCUCCCGCCCACCCCCGUGCCGCCAUGGACGGGGGCGCCUUCGGAGCGGGGAAAGCCGGCGGCGCCUUCGACCCGCACGCCUUCAUCCGGCAGCCGCAGACCCUCCUGCGGUUCGUCUCCUGGCUGUUCUCCAUCGUGGUGUUUGGCUCCAUUGUCAAUGAAGGGUAUGUGAACCGCCUGGACGAGACACAAGAGCACUGCAUUUUCAACCGCAAUCGCAAUGCCUGCAACUACGGCAUUACCGUGGGUGUCCUCGCCUUCCUCAGCUGCCUUCUCUACCUGGCUCUGGAUGCCUACUUCCCGCAGAUCAGCAGCGUCAAGGACCGCAAGAAGGCAGUGCUCUCAGACAUCGGAGUCUCGGCCUUUUGGGCGUUCCUCUGGUUCGUUGGCUUCUGUUUUCUGACCAACCAGUGGCAAGCUUCAAAAGAAGAGGACAACCCACUGAAUGAGGGAGCAGAUGCAGCCCGAGCAGCCAUCACGUUCUCGUUCUUCUCCAUCUUUACCUGGGUGGGCCAGGCGUUCCUGGCGUAUCAGCGAUUCCGGCUGGGUGCCGAUUCGGCCCUCUUCUCCCAGGACUACAUGGACCCAAGCCAGGACUCCGGCAUGCCUUAUGCUCCCUACACGAACGAGGAGGAUGCUACAGAUGCGGUGGGGACGUACCAGCAGCCCCCUCCGGCGGAUGCUUUUGACACCGAGACACAGGGGUACCAAACGCAGAACUACUGAGCCACCGAUGCCCCUUUCCUUCCCUCUUUCCCUUCUGCCCCCUAUCCCACUGCCGGCAGAAAGCCAAGGCACAAACCAGACACGUGCGUAGUGGCACAAGAGGUGGCUCUCAGCUAUGCUCCAGCCUUCUGGGUCAUCCGUUUUUAUUUAUUGUUUUUAAAAAAGAAAAAAAAAAAAAAAAAAAAAAAAAAAAAGGUUUUCCCAUCACCUGUUCUGUGUCCUUCCCUCAGAACUACCCGCCAGCACCAAAUUUCUUCCAAAAUAUGUCACUGCCUUGUGACAGGAAGGUCCCCCCUUCCCUCCUGUCCCUCCUGCCUCACUGCAGAGGGCAGAGUCUGGCUGGUGGGCAGGAGAGGGGGGAUGGCACCAGCAGGGAAGGGGAGAGGGUGCUGGAGGCAGAAGGGAAAGGGUGAAAGGGACCGAGGCCCUCCCCAGAAGAGACGGUGUUGUGAGAGGCUGGAGUAGACAUGGGAGCAUCCGAAUAGGGCCAGAGGGCCUGGUGGCUCAGGGAGGGGGAUGGUGUUGGGGUCAGCAUGCAGGCGUGCAGGGGGGUGGGGGGGCUGGAAGGGAGCAGGGACGGUGUCCUCCAUGCAAAGAUGGGGAGGCUUUUCUGUCCCAUCCACUAGUGAGAAAGGGGUGCUUUAUUUUUAGAGGGUUUAGGGAGAAGUGGUAUCGAGGGUGGGGAAGAAUUGCAAGUACAAUCAAAAACCACAGGCACGUCUGUAGGUUACAGCAAGAGACUGAGCAGAGCAGAGGGACGGUGCCAUGAGGGUCGCUUCUUCCCCAGCCCCCUUGGAUUGAGGUGAAGGUGGUUCCCCUCACCUGGACAUCCUGCUUACCACUCAGACCUGUGUUUGGUGAGGCAGGACAGGAGCCAUGCCUAGUCCCUGGUCCCCAGGUGCAGGGCCUGUGCAAGGAAGGAUGAAGGAGGUGGGCUUCUGGGUGGUUCUGAGAGCCCCCAUCCCCAGCUGGGCUGGUUCAAGGGGGACAGAAGAGCUGACAUUCCACCCUGGGUAGGAGGAGGAGAAGAAGGCCAGUUUUGCUCCUCAGGCCCUGCUGAACCCCUCCUGCAUUCCUCUGCUACCAGAGAGCAAAGCCACUCGCUGACACCAUUUUUGUAGCAUAGGAAUGGAGCAAUACUCCCCUUGGAAAUAACCACUGCUGUCAUGGCCAGCAUGCAUCUGGCUCUUGCACAGGCGUGCAACCAAGCGGGGUGGGGUCCUGCGCCUUUGCCUCCCACUCAGAUGGGGAGGGGGUCCUGGUGUGCAGAGAAUUGGCUGGGGCCAGACUGAGCUCUCUAAAAACUGGGCUUAUUGUAAAUUACAUAGACAAUACCUUAGUGCAUUUUCUGCAGCAUCUCAAAUCCUGUUUUUAAAGCCUCACCUAGGUGGCAGCAGUGACUCUCAGAUAGAGCUUGUAUGGACAUCAUUCCACACUCUUCAUGAUUUUGCUUUCAAGUAAAGACACAGCUGUGGAAGCACACUCUUUAUUCCAGGCUGGAAGUAAGAUCUAUGUGUGAAGACGGUCCCUAAGGGGAAAUAAUUCAGCAAUAGUCACCUGGGCAAUUCUCCCCAGCACAGACAUCUCUCAGAGCACAAGAAUCAGGGUAGCCUUGCAGCAGUGAGGAGCUCUGUCCCCCACGCAGCCACCCUGCUCCACACAAUGCUGACCACAAGUAGCAGAGGUCAGGAGCAGAUCCAAAAUCCACAGGUGCUUCCCCUGAGCGUCCAGCCUCUUCCCUCUAGCACCCUUAGGAGUCGGGAGGACGGGACACAGGUCUGGCCUGUGGUUGUGUGAACGUCUCAUCUGGAGGACACCGAGGUUACCUGUCCUUCCCCUCUCAACACAACUCCUCUCCAGCUGCCCCACAACCAUAGGGAAGGGGUAGAAAAAUGUAGAGCUGCAAGCCCCAAGAGGGAAGGGGGAACAGUUGUUCUCUGCUGUAUAUAGGCACCAUUUCUAUCUGCUCCUACCAGCAGACUUGUGCUGCUGGUGACCAUCCCUGUGGUCCCAUGGCUUGCCCACCCUUGUUAACCACUGGUGAGGCUGGGAGAGGGGCACCAGCCAGCCCCGUAGUCACACCUCUUGCUCUGUGUCUGUGAGUGAAAGCAAUACUGUAAAUAGGAGGGGUAUUUUUUGGAGGGAAGCCCCUCGGGCUUCUUUUUCUGUGGGCUCAGCCUAAUAUUUAGGCUUGGGAGGGGGUUACUUUAUUGGGAGAGGUUUGUUAUGACUGUGGCUGUGGGGAGAGCUCCCUCCAGUCCAUCUCUCCUGCUGGUGAAAGAACAAAUGACAAGUUGAAGGAGGAGAAAAAAUCAGUCGUACUCACCCAGACUCAUCUGUGUCAGUCUUAUGGCUUUCAUUUUGGGUGGAACCGAGAGGAGGAGCAGGAGGCUAUAAAUAACCAGCUCUCAGUACAAAAAUGUGUUGUACUUUUUGGAAGGCACUGCCCUUCACCUAUCCCCUCCCAUUAGUGAGGGUGCAAGGAACCAGACAUGUGAGGAGAGGUAUGGGCCAUAUGUGGGGGUCUUAAUCUGGUGCUCUGUUUUGGUCUGUAGCACAGGAGCAUCUUACAUGCCCUUUCUCCCAUCAGUUAUGCAGACGGCUAAACACCAUUUGGGGCUGACUAAUGAGCAAGUUUUCCUUUAUCCCCUUUGGCUUGUUUCCCUCAUGUAACCAGCUGAUGGGCUCUGGUGGGCUUGGAGGAGGAAUGGGCCUCCCUGUCAGAGCUGGCACUUCAGUGAUAGAUGAGCCAGCUGGCUUCAUCAUGGGUUACUGCUCAUCUCUGUGUCCCUUUCCUCCUUGCUUUGUGUCAUAGGAAAGGCAGUGGUGUAGCAGGGGACACUGUAACAGUAGAUAUUCGGGCAACUUCUUGCUUUUGCUCAUGGGAGGAGGACACACUCUCCUUGUGUUUACUUGCUUUCAGCCUUUGCAGUCAAGGGUUGGUGGUGACAGACCUUGGGGACAGAACUCUCCUUGUUUGCAGUCGCUCUUUAAAAUGCAGUUUCCAGUGGCAUUUGGCUGGUUCUGCAGCUGAUAAGAGAUAUGGACCUACCCAAAGGGUUGGUUAUCUUAUCUAUGGGGCUUCUGAUAAGGUGCUGCCUUUUUCUAGUGAUCAUAGGCAAGACCUGAAGCAGCUGGCUGGAACAUGUCCCUUUUAGAUCCUAAACAUGAGUGACAUCAGCCCUACUCUGGGGAUUAGGAGAUCAGAGGGAAGGCUGAAUAAGGAAAAUGAUAAGGCGGCUUUCUUUCCCCUCUGCCAUUUGUCCACAUGACAGAGGAUUACACAUCCCCCGUUGGGAACAACAGCCCCUUGAAUUCUUAUCUUAUGAAGCCCCCAAGAAAGGGGCUGUUCUGUGGCAAGAGCGGCUGCAAAGGGCAAAGGGAUGAUGAAACUUUGCCCAAAUUCCACCUGUGGGUUCAGCCUCCUGACAUGUCCGCACUCCCAGCUCACCCACAUUCCCGCCACAACGUUCACCUCCUCACACACCCUUCCCCUCCACAUUAUUCUUGGCAGGUCCCUCCGAGGAGGAGGUGUCUUUGUCCCCUGCACCCUGGGGAGCCCAUAGGAGUUCCCGGGAAGGUGGGGUUGCAGGGUGGUCCCCACAGGAGCCUCAGCUCCGGUCCCCAUAGCAGGUACAAGGCAAGGAGCCCAGUGAGGCCACCUCCUGCAGCAAAGUCCAAACCAUCCACCCAGACAACUCCCUGCUGCCUGCGUGGCAUCUGUCAGACCACCUGGGCUGCCCUGCCCCUUCCCUUGCCGCAUUACUGCCUGUGUAUAGUAUAUAUAUUAUAUAUAUAUAUUUAAAAAGAUGUAUAAUAUAAA